UAUAAGAUCAAAUUGUGUGGAAGUUUUAUCAAACAGCAGCUGCUGAUCUGUUCUCUGGUUCUUUGUGCUGUUUGGUGCAGAAGUAGUCAUGAUGGCUCUAUGUGUUAUGAAGUCCUCCUGGAUUGUCUUUCUUCUCUUCAGCCUUGGAGCUUGUAUUCCAGUAAAACAGGGUCAAAGUGGAACAGGUUCACUUUCUGGAUUUGGAACUGCUAGCUCUGGAUAUUCUGGUUCUGGAUCCGACAUGAAUCUCUUUGACCAGCAGCUUGCCAGCAUUGCUCACUUUGUUGCUGAAAUCUUGCGCUUCAUGCCCAACCGUCCUUUCCCACGUGAUGCCUGGACCUCUGACCAGGUCCCUCUUGGCACAGUUGAGCAGCGCCCUCUGUACCCUUCUUCCCAUGUGGUUAAGACCAGCAGUGGCUACCAAAGAGCUCGGGACUUCAACUCUGAUGCCAAGUACACCGAAGACUUCUUCGAUCACAUUAAUGUAGAUGGAGGAAAACAAGAAGGCUCCUCAGAAACUGGAUCUAAAGGACAGAAGGGCUACUGAGGUACUAUGGCAUCAAUCAUUGUAGAUGUAAUAAAUUUGUCGCACUUAA